GUCGGCUGAACGUGACGAGAAGAUGUUCAGCCGUUCGAAUGUCGCCAGUUUCACGCUCUUCUACAAGAAACGAUUCGGGUGAAUUUUGGGAAAAUAAACUUAUUUAUGAUGAGUCUGGCCAAGCUGUCCCGUCUGAACCAAAAGCGCAGGAUUCAGAGGAAGGUGAAGCAGCAGCUGCUGGACAUUAGCAGGCGUGUGUGUGCCUCACCAGUCAGUGCCCAGAGAGAGGAGAAUGAGGCGCUCUCUCCAGUUCAGAGCCUGUUAAAGCCGCUUCCUCCAGUCUGCCCUGCCUCACAGUCUGCCUUUCCAGCUGUUCAAAGUAAUGUAGGUUCCUCUCAGGAACCACAAGUGACUGCUUACUUUAGAGAAGCUCUGAUUCAGGUGCUCACAUGUGUGGAACAGUUGAAGAGUCAGAUAUCUGACCUGAAUCGGAAGGUGGACAUGCUGCUCCUGCAGAACAGCUCUCUGCUGAGUGAUGAUGAGGAUGAGGAAGAUGUCCAGGCUGGUUUGCCACUGCAGACGUUCGAGGAUGUGGAAGUGCUGGAACAGAAACUGCAAGAUGAGACGUACAACAAGCUACUGUGCAGGAGGUUGUCUUUGAUUGGUGGAGCUGACCUGAGGAACACAGUGUGGAGGUUGUUACAAGCAGUAAUGACCAAUGCACUAGCAUGUCAUUACAACUGGGCUGGACGAGGGGGUGUAAAGAGAGCCUUCAGUGGGCUGGCCCUGCGAGCUCUCAUCUGUAGAGCAGCGAGGGUUAACUUCAGCAAUGCUACAGACGACCAGAUUGGAAACCUAAUAAAGAACUGGCUCCGUUUGGCCAGGGACAGAGAUGGAGGGAGGAGGAAAAGAAGCAUCAGUGCUGUUCAGUACAACUCAACUCUUCAACUCUGAGUUUGUGUCAGUGGCACACAGAGUCCUGUUUACAUUCACUCUAAAAUGAGUUUGAACAUUACUCAUAUGUGUUGUGUAGGAGGGGGAUAUACCUGAACAUGUUGAUGUUUGGUUUCAGUGUUAUUUACCUUGGUCCUCGUGGUGAGGGUGAGGCAAAAGUUGUUGCAAUCAUUUCAGAAAUAUUGCAGCAGUAUUUUGUAUUUUCUGCUAAUUUAAAUUAUACAUUUAAAAAUACAAAAGCAACCUUUGAGGUUUCAGAUAUGUUUAGUGUGGCUUGUUCAAAACACAAAGCAACCUUUCGCUGUUGUCGGAAGAAAACCUAGUAUCUCCAUUUUUGCCGUUUUUCAG